AUUUUGGCCCGCCCCGCCCCGCCCCGCCCAUUUUAUUUCCCGCAACGAGUGACGCCUAUUCCACUUUCAGUUCAUUGCACUGCACUACUCCCAAUUCUCUUAGCAAUGGAAAGCGAAACCACCGAACAAUCUCUCCUAAUGGAAAUAGACGAAGAAGAUGAAGAAGUAGAAGUAGUAGUAGAAGAAGAAGCGGUGCCCACUCCAUUAGUACAAGAGCCACCGAAGAUCCACCGCCUGGACGAGUCCGUGGUGAACCGAAUCGCCGCCGGAGAAGUGAUCCAGCGGCCGGUCUCCGCCGUGAAGGAGCUGGUCGAGAACAGCCUCGACGCCGGCUCCACCUCCGUCAACGUCGUCGUCAAGGACGGCGGCCUCAAACUCAUCCAAGUCUCCGACGACGGCCACGGCAUCCGUUUUGAGGAUUUGCCAAUACUAUGCGAGAGGCACACGACAUCCAAGUUGUCUAAGUUUGAAGAUUUGCAGUCAAUUCGGUCGAUGGGGUUUAGAGGAGAGGCAUUAGCCAGCAUGACCUAUGUGGGUCAUGUAACCGUCACCACCAUUACCAAAGGCCAAUUGCAUGGUUAUAGGGUGUCAUAUAGAGAUGGUGUAAUGGAGCAUGAGCCCAAAGCAUGUGCAGCUGUAAAGGGGACGCAGAUAAUGAUAGAGAACUUAUUUUAUAACAUGACUGCUCGGAGGAAAACACUUCAGAACUCUGCUGAUGAUUAUCCGAAAAUUGUAGACCUACUAAGUCGGUUUGCCAUUCAUCACACAAAUGUGAGCUUCUCUUGCAGAAAGCAUGGAGCUGCUAGGCCAGACAUUCAUUCAGUUGCCACAGCCUCAAGGCUCGAUGCAAUUAGGUCUGUUUAUGGGGUGUCAGUUGCUCGCAAUCUGAUGAGUAUAGAAGUUUCGGAUGAUGAUCCUUCUAGUUCAGUUUUCAAGAUGGAUGGUUUUAUCUCCAACUCUAACUACAUUGCUAAGAAGAUAACAAUGGUUCUUUUUAUAAAUGGUCGAUUAGUUGAGUGCAGUGCUUUAAAAAGAGCUAUUGAAAUUGUUUAUAUGGCAACCUUACCCAAAGCAUCAAAGCCCUUCAUUUAUAUGUCGGUUGUAUUGCCACCUGAGCAUGUUGAUGUGAAUGUACACCCGACAAAGCGAGAGGUAAGCCUUUUGAAUCAGGAAAUUAUCAUUGAAAAGGUACAGUCCGCAGUGGAGUCAAAAUUGAGAACCUCCAAUGAAUCGAGAACAUUUCAAGAACAGGUGGUAGAUCCCUCUCCAUCUAGUCCUAUGGUUAUCAUCAAAGAUUCGCAAACAAAGCCCUCUGCUUCUGGGACGAAAUCACAAAGAGUUCCAGUCCACAAAAUGGUACGAACAGAUUCACAGGAUCCUGCCGGAAGGCUGCAUGCUUACUUGCAAGUUAAUCCUUCUAGCCUUCAGGAAAAGAGUGCUAGUUUGACAUCUGUCAGGUCUUCUAUCAGACAAAGGAGGAACCCGAAGGAAACUGCUGAUCUCUCUAGUAUUCAGCAGCUUAUUGAUGACAUUGAUAACAGUUGUCAUUCUGCUCUGCUGGACAUUUUAAGACACUGCACAUAUAUUGGGAUGGCAGACGAUGUGUUUGCUCUGCUUCAGUAUAACACUCACUUAUAUCUUGCUAAUGUAGUGAAUUUGAGCAAAGAACUCAUGUAUCAGCAAGUCCUUCGUCGGUUUGCUCACUUCAACGCAAUACAACUUAGUGAACCGGCCCCUCUGUCUGAGCUUAUUUUGCUAGCACUGAAAGAGGAGGAUUUAGACCCAGAAUGCAGUGAAAAGGAUCAACUGAAUGAAAAGAUUGCAGAAAUGAAUACAGAGAUGCUCAAGCAAAAAGCUGAAAUGCUAGAGGAAUAUUUUGGUAUUUAUGUUGAUUCGCAGGGUAAAUUGUCCAGGCUUCCUGUCAUACUUGACCAGUACACUCCUGAUAUGGACAGGGUCCCCGAAUUUGUACUUUGUUUGGGCAAUGAUGUUGACUGGGAUGACGAGAAAAGUUGUUUCCAAUCAAUUGCUGCUGCUCUUGGGAACUUCUAUGCCAUGCAUCCCCCAUUGUUACCCAAUCCAUCAGGUGAUGGUUUGCAAUUUUACAAAAGGAGAAAACCGUUCAGGAGUACCCAAGCAGAAGAAAUCCCCAGUAAGAGUACUGAGGAUCAUGCAAUGGAGGGCGAUAUUGACCAGGAACUAAUUUCUGAGGCAGAGACUGCAUGGGCCCAGCGUGAAUGGUCAAUCCAGCAUGUCUUGUUUCCAUCCAUGAGACUUUUCUUUAAGCCACCAACUUCAAUGGCUACGAAUGGAACAUUUGUCCAGGUCGCUUCGCUGGAGAAACUUUACAAGAUUUUUGAAAGGUGCUAACAAGAAUAGUUCUGCUCAUGCCUCAGUAUAGAAGCAUUUAUCGAUGCAAUGGGAAGGAGUUAACAUUCUGUACAGGAAAGAGUUUUGUAAAUGUACAGGGAAGAGUUUUGAAUCUCUCUCUCUCUCUCUCUCUCUCUCUCUCUCUCUGCGCUAGUGAUAUGGUGGAGAUUUCUCAGGGCAAUAUUGUGGGACAUUAUUGGUACUUUUGUGGACUGUUUUUUGGUUUAUGAAUACUGAUGCAAAUGUGUGGCAGUUGGUGCUGCUGUUGUCUGUUGAUAUCACGUACUAAUAUCACAACAAAUAUCAUGGUUUGUUCAUUGUUGUCACGUUAA